AUGUCCUCAUUUUUACACUCUGCCCCGCCACGAGCGACCAAGAAGCGGGUAGAGCGAGACGAGUCGAUUUCGGGGAGCGACUCGGAGGACUUCGACAGCGAUGACGAGGUCGCGAGCAGGGCGAGCGAGGCCCUAGACGCCGGGUCGGACGAGGAGGGAGAGACCGCCGCCGAGGCUCGUCUGAGACUCGCGGAACGCUAUCUCCAAAACGUCAAGCAAGAGGUGGACGAAGUCGGCUUCGACGCCGCCGACCUAGACCGAGACCUCAUCGCCGCGAGGCUAGAAGAGGACGUCGCCGAAGCAAAGGGGAAAGUGUACCGGAAUCUCGCUGCCGAAUUGGCCUUUGAGAAGGCCACGCACUGCCAGUUCAAGGCCAACACCCUCAGCAUAACCUCGAUCGCGGCGAGGGAACCCUAUGCGUACACGACGAGCAAAGACUUACACGUUCACAAGUGGAGGAUACAAGACCUUGCCUCCAACCAGCCCUCGCAAAGCGCAAUGAAGAAGUCCAAGAGACCCGCCCCGCCCCCGAGGAAAAAGCCGGAGCUCGAAAACUAUCUUAAGGGAAGCCUCCACAAAGUCAACGACAAGAACUACAAACGGCACGUCGACGAGAUCUUGUGCGUCGCGGUAUCGCCCGACGGCAAGUACCUCGCGACCGGCGGUGCCGACAAGCGCCUCAUCAUCUACGACGCAGACACCCUCGUGCCCCGCAGGGUCUUCACACACCACCGCGCGGCCGUGACAGGGCUUGCCUUCCGCAGGGGUACCAACCAACUAUACUCGUGCUCCAAGGACCGCACGGUCAAGGUAUGGAGCCUCGACGAGAUGGCGUACGUGCAGACCUUGUUCGGUCACGGCGACGAGGUUGUCGACAUCGACGCCCUCGCCCAGGAGAGGUGCAUCAGCGUCGGCGCCCGCGACCGCACCGCCCGGUUAUGGAAGGUCAUGGAGGAGACCCAGCUCGUCUUCCGUGGCGGCGCCGUAGACAAGAAAGCCCAGGUAGACGUUGACCGCCGAUCUCUCCGGAACGAAGGCAGCAUGGAUCGCGUCGCCAUGAUCGACGACGACCUCUUCGUCACCGGCAGCGACAACGGCUCCCUCCAGCUCUGGAGUCUCCAGAAGAAGAAGCCCGUCUCCAUCGUCCCCAUAGCGCACGGCCUCGAUCCUCCGCUCAAGCCCACGCAGUACUCUGCUGAAGCGCAUCCCAAACCAGAGGCCGCCCCCGUCGCCGUUCCCCGGCAAAUCACCGCUCUCAAGACCAUACCCUUCUCCGACGUGGUCCUCUCCGGCAGCUGGGACGGCUACGUGCGAGUCUGGCGCCUGAGCGAAGACAAGAAGAAGCUCGAGCCCAUUGGCGUCCUCGGCGGCGGUGGUGAAGAAGGCGGCCAAGGCGGCUGGGCCAUCACCGGCGUCAUCAACGACAUUGCCGUGUUCGAGCGGGGUGACAGGGGUGUCGAUGGCCUCUGCGUCAUAGCCGCCGUAGGCAAAGAGCACCGGCUAGGACGCUGGAAGGUGGCGGGCGGCGGCAAGAACGGAGGCGUCGUGUUCGAAGUGCCGAGGGUACCCCGCGUACAAAUGGAACCGUGGCCGUGGUGUCCUCUUCCUCUGACGAAGAGUCGGAAUAAGGGUGGGGAAAAUGCUUUUGUGUACGUUUGA